AUGGAGCUGCUGCACCUCUCGCGGGAGGCCCGGAGACAGAAGAGGAGGAGUGCAGCAAACACAAAAGCAGCAGCAGCAGCAGCAGCAGCAGCGCCGGCGCCUUCCAACAGCAACACCAGCGACAGCAGCAGCACGAGCGGCACGCCCAGAACGGGUAGCAGCAGCCACAGCAGCAGGUGCAGCAGCAGCUGCAGCAGCUGCAGCAGCAGCAGCAGCAGCAGAAGCCACCCCUUAGCUGGGCGCUCGCUGCGGCAGCGGCUGGCCUCGUGCGGCAGCAGCAGCUUGAGGUGUACAGACACCGCAGCAGCGCCGCCCAUUCGCCGCAGCGCCUCAGCCCCCGCUUUUGCUGCUGCUGCUGCUGCUGUUAAAUUUGUCCUUGAUAAAAGGAGGCUGCUGCUGCUGCGGAGAAGCGGCAGCAGCAGCAGGCUGGCAGCAAGCAGCAGGAGCAGCUCUGUCGCGCAAACAAAGGACGCAGCGCCUGCGGGCCCCACAGCAGCAGCAGCAGCAGCUGCUGCUGCUGGAGCAGCAGCAGCAGCAGCAGCAGCAAGAGCUGCGUCCUUGCGUUCUGAUGCCCCUGCAGCUGCUGCAGCUGCAGCUGCUGCAGCUGCUGCAGAUCGUGGACCGUCCUGCGUGCAGACUAGAGACGCGUGUGGCCGUGACACAGCAGCAGCAGCAGCAGCAGCAGCAGCAGCAGCAGAACGGGAAGAGCGAGCCCGGGACGCUGCUGCUGUGCUGCAGCAGGAAAAGGAAAGGCAGGAUCUGCAGCAAAAUGUAUUGUGGUGGUUUGCAAAUGACAUACUCAUGCCUUACGACUGA